CAGCAGCAGCAUCUCUGUUCUCCUAUUCCACACCUCGGCCCGCCCAAAAGUCCACCAGGCCAUGGACGCAGUGGCUGUGUAUCAUGGCAAAAUCAGCCGGGAGACAGGAGAGAAGCUCCUGCUUGCCACCGGUCUGGACGGCAGCUAUUUGCUGAGGGACAGCGAGAGUGUCCCAGGGGCGUACUGCCUGUGUGUGCUGUAUCAAGGUUACAUUUAUACAUACCGAGUAUCCCAGACAGACACAGGUUCUUGGAGUGCUGAGACAGCACCUGGGGUUCAUAAAAGAUUUUUCCGGAAAAUAAAAAAUCUCAUUUCAGCAUUUCAGAAGCCAGAUCAAGGAAUUGUAAUACCUCUGCAGUAUCCAGUUGAGAAGUCCUCAGCUAGAAGUACACAAGGUACUACAGGGAGAAGAGAAGAUCCUGAUGUCUUCCUGAAAGCACCAUGAAGAAAAAUAAAAGACCUUCUACUUUAUUUUCAAUAAUUUAAAUAUAUGUUAAGUAUUGUAGAUAAUACCGUUCAGUGAGCUACAAAUGCAUUUCUAAAACCAUUAUAGUCCUGUAAUGGAAGCAUCUAACAUGAUGUUAAAGCUGAAAUGGACUUGACAGAUAAUGAGGAGCUUUAAAAUGAGGAUUGGGAAAAAGUAAUUCCACUGGUUAUUUCCAGUUAUUAUAUUUACGAAUGGGAAACGAUUUAAAACAUGAUACUUUAUAAAAGAUUAAUGUUAAUUUUUGCCAUAUAUAAAUAAAAACAAUCCUUGGUUUUU